UAAUUAAAAUGAUCGGUUUGUCAGAUAAUGUGAUAUGUUUAUUACGGUGGCCGUGAAGGUAAUAAAAACCACAAGGAUAUUUUCAGGAAAUAAAGAAAAUACAAAGCCAUUUCAGAAAACAAAUAAACAUUACAGAAAACAGCGACAUUUCAGAUUACGGAAAGGGACAACAUUCCAUGUUUCUGGUGGAACAGAACCCUGUGCUGAAAUGACCGGCCUACGUGAAUCCUAUCGCCGCUCUUGGCAGCAAAAGCCGCCUCUUGCUGACACUUCGUUGAGGACAAUGGCAACCGAAGUAAGGCAGGAGCUGUCUCAGCUGAUGAAUUCAAGCGGAUCCCACAAAGAUCUUGCAGCCAAAUAUCGACAAAUUUUGGAGAAGGCCAUUCACUUUACUGAUACAGAUCAACUGGAAUCUUUGAAAGCUUUUGUUGAAGCAAUGGUCAAUGAAAAUGUUAGCCUUGUUAUUUCGAGGCAGCUGCUCACCGAUUUCUGCACACACCUGCCAAACUUACCUGAUGCUACAGCUAAGGCUGUGUACCACUUUACUUUGGAGAAGAUUCAGCCAAGAGUCAUUUCCUUUGAGGAACAGGUAGCUUCAAUUAGACAGCACUUAGCAACCAUUUAUGAAAAGGAGGGAGACUGGAGGAAUGCUGCUCAAGUAUUAGUUGGUAUUCCUCUGGAAACAGGACAGAAGCAAUACAAUGUCGACUAUAAGCUGGACACAUACCUGAAAAUUGCUCGGCUGUACUUAGAAGAUGACGAUCCAGUGCAGGCGGAGGCAUACAUCAACAGAGCCUCACUGCUACAGAACGAAUCCUCUAACGAACAGCUGCAGAUACAUUAUAAGGUGUGUUACGCAAGAGUCUUAGACUUCAGGAGAAAGUUCAUCGAAGCUGCACAGAGAUACAACGAGCUGUCCUAUAAAUCCAUCGUACAUGAGAGUGAACGUCUGGAAGCACUAAAGCAUGCACUCAACUGCACCAUACUGGCCUCUGCAGGUCAGCAGCGCUCCCGUAUGUUGGCCACACUCUUUAAGGAUGAGCGCUGUCAGCAGCUGGCUGCCUAUGGGAUUCUAGAGAAAAUGUAUCUGGACAGAAUCAUCAGAGGAAAUCAGCUGCAGGAGUUUGCUGCCAUGUUGAUGCCUCACCAGAAAGCCACCACUGCAGAUGGCUCCAGUAUCCUGGACAGAGCUGUGAUUGAACAUAACCUGCUGUCCGCUAGUAAACUCUACAACAACAUCACGUUUGAAGAGCUAGGAGCUCUGUUGGAAAUUCCUCCAGCUAAGGCAGAAAAGAUCGCCUCCCAGAUGAUCACUGAAGGACGCAUGAACGGAUUCAUCGACCAGAUAGAUGGCAUCGUUCACUUUGAGACCCGUGAACCUCUUCCUACCUGGGACAAACAGAUCCAGUCAUUGUGUUUCCAAGUAAACAACCUCCUAGAAAAAAUCCGACAGGCCGCUCCAGAGUGGGCCGCACAGGCUCUGGAAGCCCAGAUGACCCAAUAAACAUUCCCAACAGUCAAGUUUUGUCUGCCUGCUCGACCACAUCACCACUUUUUUUACUGCAGUGCAGUGGAACGCUCUGCUCUGGUCAAUCUGGAAUCUGGAAAAUCUCGAUCAUCUUUUGUUCACUCAGAUGAGAGUUGGCUGUGUGUCUCAAUAUUCAUUAUCUGUAUCAGAAUCAAUUAUACAGAUAAUUACUGAAGAGAUAUUAUUAACCUUGGACAAUGACUUUGGACACUUUACAUGGUUGUCAUGAUUAAAAUAAAAUAAAAACCCUGAAGUUUAAUGUCCUGUCAAUGGUUUUUGUGUUCUCUCACUUUUGUUUUUCAAAUUAUGUAUGAAGCUUAGUUUGUGUCUAAGGACCCCUGGUUUACUGAAUUGUGUACAUUUCUCAAUCCACCUGUAUGAAAAGAAUUAAAUUAAAGGUUGAGAGAAGUU